UUGAAUUGUCACUACUUUUGCUGCACAUCGCACGCGGGCUUCUGUCAGUUUGAUUUGAGACACCGACGAGACUGACUCGGCCGAUUUGUUUAUUAUUAUUAUUUUUUUUUUACUUCUUUUUCUUCUUUUUUUCUUCUUCUCUUUUUCGCUUCCUUUGUUCUUCGCCCAGUGGUGGCGGAUAAUUUGUACCUUGGCAAUUUAAAGAAGAAAACAAGAAAAAUGAAAAAAAUGUACGAUCAAGUUCAGUCUGACUUUGCCGAAGUCAAAAAUAACAACAGCAACAACAGUUCGGCGAGAUCGAGAGGAAGAACCGACGGAUCAGAUUACAUAUUCGGUCAGAAUCGCUACAGAAGCGCUCAAUACGAGGAGGCGUUUCGUCGAUCCAUCGAGAAGCCCGAGGAGUUCUGGGCCGAGGUGGCGCAGUGCGUCGACUGGACCAAGCCCUGGGAUCGCGUCUUGGACAAUUCCGAUCCGCCCUUCACAAAAUGGUUCGUGGGCGGCGAGACGAACGCCUGCUACAACGCCGUGGACCGUCACGUGGCGGCGGGCCUCGGCUCGAAGGUCGCCCUCGUCCACGACUCGCCGAUGACUCAGACGAUCCGCAAAGUCACCUACGCCGAGCUGCUGGACCAGACCUCGAGACUGGCCGGGGUGCUGCACGAUCUGGGGGUGAGGAGGGGCGACCGAGUCCUCAUCUACAUGCCGCUGAUGCCCGAGACGAUCAUCGCCAUACUGGCCACGGCUAGGCUGGGCGCCAUGCACUCGACCGUCUUCGGAGGCUUCGCGGCCAAGGAAUUGGCGACGAGAAUCAAUCACGCCGAGCCAAAGGUCAUCAUAGCUGCUAGCUGCGGCCUCGAGCCCCACAAAGUCGUCAGAUACACGGACAUGCUGAACGACGCCCUGACGCAGAUAUCGGUGGCCAGGCCCCACUGCGUCGUUCAUCAGCGGCGCAACGUGUGGGUGGCGCCGCUCCAGCCGGACCAGUACGACUGGGACGAGCUGAUGGACUUGGCCGAGCCGCGUCCCUGUGUGCCCGUCGAGGCCAACGAGCCCCUCUACAUACUCUACACGUCCGGCACCACGGACAGUCCGAAGGGUGUGCAGAGGCCACUGGGCGGCCACAUCGCCACUCUGUGCUGGACCAUGAAGGCGAUCUACGGCAUGGACAAGAACUCGGUCUGGUGGGUCGCGUCGGAUCUCGGCUGGGUCGUCGGUCUGUCCUACAUCUGCUACGGGCCGCUGCUCUACGGCUGCACCAGCGUCAUGUACGAGGGCAAACCCGAUAGGACACCCGACGCCGGCCAAUAUUUCAGAAUAAUCGAGCAGCACAAAGUGAACGCGCUGUUCACCGUGCCGACCGCCUUCCGAGUCCUGAGGCGAGCCGAUCCAGAAACACUACUGGGCAGGAAAUACUCCACCAAGUCCUUGAGGACGAUCUUCGUGGCCGGCGAGCACUGCGACUACGAGGCCAAGGCCUGGGCCGAGAAGACCUUCAAGGUGCCGAUUCUGAAUCACUGGUGGCAGACCGAGACCGGCCACGCCAUCACCGCCACCUGCCUCGGCUUGGCCCACAGUACCAAUCCGCCCAAGUACAGCACCGGCAUGCCCUUCCCCGGCUACGAUGUUCAAGUUUUGCGAGAGGACGGCAGCAAGGCGUCGGCCCACGAGUUGGGCCGGAUCGUGGUUAAACUGCCGCUACCACCUGGCACCAUGUCGACCCUUUAUUUGGCGCCGGAAAGAUUCAAAGAGAAUUACUUCUCCAAGUACCCGGGCUUCUACGACACGAUGGACGCUGGCUACAUCGACGAGUUCGGUUACGUUUACGUGACUGCGCGCGACGACGACGUGAUCAACGUGGCUGGACAUCGGCUGUCCACCUCGGCCCUCGAAGACGUGGUUCUAAGUCAUCCAGACGUGGUCGACGCCACCGUCGUCGGCGUGCCCGAGCCCACCAAAGGCGAGAUUCCGCUGUGCCUCUAUGUGACGCGCGAUGACAGAAAUACGAACGAGGAGUUGAUCAACGGCGAGCUGGUCGCCAGAGUUCGCGAGCUGAUCGGCCCGAUCGCGGCUUUCAAACUGGCUGCCGAAGUCAAGGGGCUGCCUCGCACGCGCUCCGGCAAGACCUGUCGGAAAUCCAUUUCCGAUCUCGCUCGCUCGAAACAGAUCAAGAUACCGAGCACGAUCGAGGACUCGACGGUUUAUCGCGACAUCAUGCAAGUGCUGAGAAAGCUAGGCUAUGCCAAAACGGCCCCCGAGCCGAUAUAGGAGACGAUGUGACUAUUCAAAAGACACUCGUCGCUCGUUUCUGUGUAUAGUUUUUAAAUAUUAAUUUCUAAUUUUAUGAACACAUGUAUGUUUUAUUACCGAUGGUUUUACACGCUAUUAUUCAUAAUUACUAUCGCACACGCGAAAAUGGAACUUUUCAUUUAACGCAAUAACGUGACAAAAACAAUUAUGUUAAUAAUAAUAAUAAUAAUGAUAAUAAUAAUAAUGAUUAAUCAUAAGAGAAAGCACGUAUGAAUUUUGUUGCUAAACUAUUUUUAUUUUGGUCUUUUGUAGAAAAAAUACGUAAUUACAUGCGUUUUACGCAAGCUAUUGUCCUAA